AUGGUAAGUUUUAAACCGACCCGAAUACAGCUACAUCCCCUCCCUGUUGGGGGUAUUGAUGAGGGAAGCAAACCAACAUUAACAUGUGAGGCAGAUGGCGGGAAGCCACCACCAAUAUUUGAAUGGUAUAUUACAGGUCCAUCUUUGAACAUCACAAGUCUACCAGCUGCCAACAAUGACGUAACCUACAGUAAUGGUACAGGAUUGAGAACAAGUCAAGUUGUAUUAACAGUGGAUAGGUCUAUGUACAAAGCUACCGUGCUUUGUAAAACCGAGAUAACAUACUUCUUUGUGGUACAGAAUAACGUUUCUUUGAAUGUGAACUUAUUCCCUGGAGUGCCGACAUUCAGAGGUUUCACCGGUAUUUUCGAUGACGGACAAUCAAAAACAAUUACAUGUGAGAGUACAGGAAGUCGUCCAGCAGGCAACAUCACGUGGUACAUGGAUGGCAGGAAACAAAGCAACCCCAAUACACAUACUUAUCAGAAUCCAGAUGGAACAUUUUUUGUUACCAGCUCAAUAUCAAAACGUUUCGACAAAUCCAUGGAUGGUGUCAAUCUGACUUGUAAAGCAAUGAAUGAUGUACUGCAAAGACAACACCGACUGCCAGUACAAACUACUGUAGUUCUGAGAGCAGCAUAUAUGCCAGUUAUACAAGCAUCAAAUGGAACUUUAGAUGUAUAUGAACACAAUCAAGCAAUACUUCGGUGCUACAUUGAUGCGAGGCCGAUGUCUUCGGAAAACCAGGUUUAUUGGUUGAAGAAUGGACAAAUGGUUAUGAAAGAUCAGAGAAUAAGCACGAAUUAUUCAAUAAAAAACGGACAAUUUGAUCUGCAUAUUCGUGAAGUAAAGAGAGAUGAUAUAGGUCAGUAUCAAUGUCAAGCAUCCAAUCGACUAGGAAUAGCAAGGAGUAGUCCACCUUUAAAUCUAAAUGUGUUUUAUCGACCGGUGUGCAUGACAUCAUCAAUUGAAAAGUUGGCUGCAUCUAUUGGUCAAACAGUGACCUUGACAUGUCGAGUUUCCGCUAAUCCAGCAACAAAUGUGACCAUUACAUGGCGGUAUAAAACAAGGAAUACUAUAAUCAAAGAUCAACAGCCAUCAUAUACAGACCCGUAUGUCGCCAAAACAGCAACUAAUUCAAUACAGAUUAAAUUGCAAGCCAGUAUUGACUACACCGACAUAGAAUGUAUUGCUAGGAACGAUGUUGGUACCAUGCUACAGCCGUGUUUGUACAUGAUAGUAAAACCAGGUCCGCCUGAUAUUCCAAAGAACUGCAAUAUUACCUUGGAUGGAAAAUAUGAACUGGAUAUAAAAUGUACGCCUGGAUUCAGUGGUGGGGGAGAUCAGUACUUUAUUCUACAGAGAAUUCAGGGAGUGUCUUUCAUCAGUGUAAAAAAUAACAAUCUUGAACCAACUUUUAACGUCAGUGACUUGGUACCAGGAAAAAAUUACACAUACCGUGUCUGUGCGGCAUCUGUUACAUAUAAAGGCACAGUUAGUUGUUCAUAUACUUUGUCCAUCCAAACACCAAGUGACAAUAGUGGGAUAAUGAACGAAACAGUUGCAGCAGCAAGUCCACAAGACAAAACUCUGUAUAUUGUUGGCGGAAGUCUUGGAUUCCUCUUUCUUCUUUUGCUAACUGUGAUCAUCGUUUUGUGUAUAGUAAAAAGGCGGCAACAGAUAUCAAGAGCUCAUUUGAGUAAUAGUGCAGAUGUUGUCAUCAGAUCAAAGAACAAAACUGAAAUAUUUCAGAAAGACAUUGUAAAAAGUGACAAUAUAGAAAUAGAAAAGCAACUUAACAAUAUCAAUAUAAAGUGAAUCUCUGCAUGAUAUGUUAUCGUCACAUUCGAAUUGGUCAUCUAUGCACUUUGUGAUUAAAAUUGCACAUAUAUUAUGAUUCACUGUGCACAAUUUGACUACAUUGUGAACAUUUAUUUUCAAUCUUAUUGUAUUGAAUUUGAAAUGUAUUUUAAAAAUAAAUUGAAGUUUAUAUUCUA